AUGAAAAACUUAAAAAUAUUUUAUUUUUUUAAUAUUUUCUUUUUAACGUCUUUACCAAUAAUAUUAUUAUUUAAUACCAAUAUAUUUGAAGGCUUAGGAGAGGAACGAUUACAAAGAAAAUAUCCAAAAUUGUGGAAUGUAAUUGAAAGGAACCUUAGUCAAGCAUCUGCGAGUGGAACUAGUACUCAAAGAGAUUCAGAUGCCAUAAGAAAACGUUUAAACGCCAUAUGCGAUUCUCUUCAUAUGGGAUAUAUGGAUAUAACUCAUUGGUUAACUAAACCAAAUGAUCCUUUGUUUAGUUCAUAUGUUAAUGAUGGUUUAAAAAUUGCCGAUACAAUUUUUCUUCGAGUAAAAUCAUUAUUAUCAAAUCCUUCAUAUAACUUAAUAAGACAUGAAACAGCCAGAGCACAAGAACGCAAUGCAUUAGUUACUUCAUUGGGGCGAUCAAGAAGGUCAAUACUAUAUAUGAUAAAAAUUUUUGAAAUGGAAAAUGAAAUAACCAAAGAUUUAUUGCACAUUAUGGUUGGAAAAACUCAAAAUGAAUUAAAAAUUUUAAUAGAAAAUAACGAUAGAACAUCUGGUGAAAUUAAAAGUGAAUUAUUAAAGAGAAAUCUUCAUCUUCCAGAUGUUCACCUUGAAAGGAUGAUUCUUCGAAUAAAUUGGCGCGCUCAUGAUCUAGCUUUAGAAGGGGGUAUUUUAGAUGAUCCUAUUCCUGAACCAUUGGAUUGUUACCCCAGUGAUUUUAGUUCAUAA